UUUUUGUUUAUGUUUUUCUUGAUUUCUAUUUUCUGAGUUGUUUCGGUUAAGUCUCAAUUCCUAUUUGUUAACCAUUAGAUCUAACUCAAAUUUUGAUAUGAUACUACUAAAACAUAUUUCUUAACUCUUGUCGUUGGGAUUGUAAAUUUGAUGCAUGUGCUUAGAGAAAUUGAUUUCGCAUUUUUUAGGUAGUUGAACAUCACACUAUUUCUGUUUCUGAGUUGUUUUAGUAAAACCUCAAUUCUCACUUAAUUAACCGUUAGAUUUUGUUGAAAUUGCAACAUGUGGUCUAGGAUAUACAAUAUUUCACUAUGAAUGUUGGGAUCUUAGAAUAAAGGUCUCUUGUUAUUGCACUUAGUUGCUCAGAUUGACCCUUUCACUUUCUUGAUUCUUCAAUUUUGAAGAGUAUUAUAAUGUUGACGUGUUACUUGGUUGCUAGGUACUUAUUUAUAGUUUUAGUUGAACUUAAAAUAAAAGGGUGUAUAUUGAUAAUCUACAAUUUUUAGGUCUAAUUGAAUUUUUGAUAAGUGAAAAAAUGAGUUAAGUGUUCUAUGUGUAAGGCCCCAUUUUUAUAUUCUGCCCUAAAGUUGAUGGGCUGCCUUUGUGAGUUGGCCUAAGGCCGGCCCAACGUAUAAGUCCCUAAGUCUGCCCUAAUUCCACACUCACUCUCACUAUUGCAGAAACUCCGCAGCCGUCACCUUCUCCUUCCGCUCUAGAGCUCUGCUAGGGUUCCUCCCUAAGUCUUUCGAGCUAGCCCCGAAUCAGCUUCUACCCCACUGGAUUAUGGCACCUCCUCGCUGAGCUUCUCAGUCAUCCCAGGAGGACACACCAGAUAUCGCCAGAGCCAUAGAGGCAAUGGUAGCAGCUAUGACGCAGCAGAGUGCUGCGAUGAUGCAGCAGCAUGAGGCAUCCAUGCAGCGGCAGGCAGCGUCGUUUGAGCAGCAGCAGGCUGUGAUGCAGCAGAUGGAGGCUGCGAGGAUAGCUGCCGAGGAUGCUCAUCGGCAGCAUAUGGAGGCCCUCCGCCAGUUGGAGGAGAACAGGGCGACUGCCCCUGUGUUUGGUCCUGAACCACGACCUACAGUUAGGGAGUGGAGCCUGGAGGACUUUCUGAAACACCACCCGACGAAGUUUGACGGGAAGACCAGUCCUGACGCCGCAGACCAAUGGCUGAAGGACCUGGAGCGCAUCUAUGAUGCGAAGAUGUGCCCUGCAGAGAACAUGUUGGCGUUCUCUGUGUAUAUGCUCACGGGGGAGGCAGAGCAUUGGUGGAGCAGCACUCGAUCCAUCCUGGAGGAGAGGGAUGAGCCCGUAUCGUGGGAGGCUUUCAGGGAGAGAUUCCUCUCCGAGUACUUUCCCGACAGCAUUCGGUACGCCAAGGAGGUGGAGUUCCUCCAGUUGACCCAGGGAGGGAAGACUGUCACUGAGUAUGCUGAGAGGUUCAAGCACCUCAGCCGUUUCUAUACCCUACCACUUGAUGAGGAGUGGCGAUGCAGGAAGUUUGAGAACAGGCUCCGCGGUGACAUCCGCUUGAUGGUAGCUCCUUUGUCCAUCAAGGACUUUACUGCUCUGGUAGAGAAGGCCAGAGUGAUGGAGAAGAUGAAGCGCGAGGUGGAAGGCCAGCGCCCACAGCAGCCACAGCCGCCUUAGAGGAUCGGCGGACCAUCUGGGUCCAGGCCCAGACAUGAGGAGAGGAGGAGACCGUAUGAUAGACCACACCAUCAGCCUCAGGGGUCUAGGGGUCUUCCUCCUCAGCAGGGGCGAGUGCAGUGUUACACAUGUGGAGGACCCCACCCGAGACAUGCUUGUCCACGUAGGGAGGGUUACCGCAGGUGCAACAACUGUGGCAAGGAAGACCACUUUGGGAGAGAUUGCCCCAACCUUUCUAGGGCAACGACACGCCCUCCGGUUCAGACACCCCAGCAGCAUCAGGGGAGGGACAGAGGCAACAGGCCUCAGGCGACGGGCAGAGUCUAUGCCAUGACCGGAGCUGAGGCUGCAGGUUCAGAUGGGCGAGGUUCUCGUGGUCAGCAAGGGAGUGGUGAUUCAGUAGCUUAGCCAUCUGGGCUGGAGUCAUUUUAUUUACGAUUUCUUUCCCAAGACUACGCUGCUAUACUUUAUCACGUGACGUUUUCUUUAAUUUCGUUUAAUAAUUAAAUGGGAUGUUACACUAUGUAUUUUUCAGAUUUUUUUAAAUGAUGGAACCUUUAAAGAUUUGAGUUUAUGUAUGUAUGACGUAUAAUCUUAUGGGUUGACUUAUAAUCUGAUGGGUUGUCAGUAGGACUAGAGAGGAUAUGCUAACUAUUAUUAUUAAACUAUAUUAAUGAUAAAAUUUUGAGUUUUCAUUAUAGGAGAUGAUGUUGCUAAGCCAAGUCAGCUUUAUUCAAUUAAUGAACACACUACUGAAAAA